GGGGCCGGGCCGGUCCCGGUGGCGGCGGGCGGCGGCGGGGGCCAUGGCCAAGGCCUACGACCACCUCUUCAAGCUGCUGCUGAUCGGGGACAGCGGCGUGGGCAAGACCUGCCUCGUCAUCCGCUUCGCCGAGGACAACUUCAGCAGCACCUACAUCUCCACCAUCGGGAUCGACUUCAAGAUCCGCACUGUGGAUAUCGAUGGGAAGAAGAUCAAGCUGCAGGUCUGGGACACGGCAGGACAGGAGCGCUUCAAAACCAUCACCACGGCCUAUUACCGCGGAGCCGUGGGCAUCGUCCUGGUGUACGACAUCACGGACGAGAAAUCCUUCGAGAACAUCCAGAACUGGAUGAAAAGCAUCAAGGAGAACGCCUCGGCCGGGGUCGAGCGGCUCCUCCUGGGCAACAAGUGCGACAUGGAGGGGAGGAGAAAAGUGCAGCGGGACGCGGCCGAGAAGCUGGCCAAGGAACACGGGAUUCGCUUCUUCGAGACCAGCGCCAAGUCCAGCGAGAACGUGGAGGAGGCCUUCCGCACGCUGGCGCGGGACAUCCUGCACAAAUCCUCCCGGAAAGGCCCCCCCGGCAGCAGCAGCAGGGCCCUGCUGGAGCCCGGGACCCCCCGAAAAGCCGGCGGGAGAUGCUCCCUGGGCUAGGGGCUCGGGACCUCCCCGAGACCCCCGGGGCAGCGCGGGCGCCUCUCCGGAGGGGUCUGGGGGGGAAUCUGGGGGGGAUUUGGGGCUGCCCCCCCCGCUCUCCUUGUGCCAUAAAGCCCCGCUGUGCCUUG